CCACAACACAACGGUCCCGUAGCUCUCAGAAAGUACGUUGACCUGGAAACAACCCGCGUUCCACCCUUGAUAGCCUGUCAAAGAGGCUCAACAUUCGAAUUGCUUCAAAGCUUCAUUCUCCCCCACGAACCCGCGCCAUAACGAUAAUAACCUCCUAACACUGUCUCACCGAUCCUGCACCUCUCCAACAACAAUCCACAACCUCCCCACCACCUACACACCCGCAGCGCACAUCCACAUCCCGCUCCUGCACGACGCAGGGUCAAACAGCAGCGUGUGUCUGAGCGCACAGAUCACCACAUAAAACUCACAACCACCACCACAACACACCGAGUCUCUCAUGCCGCGAACCUCCUCUGAGCCCUCACACCCUCACCACCACCGCGACGCGUAAUGCCCGCUACACCAUGACCGCGACCGAAGAAGACUCCUCGCCCCCGCCCGCCGAAGCGCGCAUCACCCUCUCGCGCAAGGGCUCGCGCAAGAAGAACGUGGAGGGAUUCACUAUGGAUACCGGCAACGACGACGACGAGAACGUGGCGCCGAACAAACCGACUAGCUUCGCCGAUUCGAGUAUGGGCGAGCAGGCCUUUGACGAUAACACAAACAAUAACAAUAAACCCGCAAAACGCUUCCCCUCGCUGGGCAACCUACCCGCCCUGCCACCGGGGGAGAGCAGCAUGAUGUCCGAGGACCUGAGCCGCGAGGAGCACAGCGACGGCCACCCCGAUACCAUGGACGAGAGCGAGAUGCGCCGGCACCUAAACGACGUCGAGAGCAGCUUCCUCCCCGCGCCGAGUCCCGUAGGCCAGUCUGCCAACCCAGGCGCAGACGAUACGUAUUUAUUUGACGGGGCGCGCGAGCCAGUUGUGCUCGCGGACCGAAUACCCGGAAUCAGGACGCCGACGAAGGGUGCGGCGAGGGAGGAGGGGAGGCAGGAGUCGUUUACCCCGUUGUCGGAGAGGGGGACGCCGCAGGUGCAGGGGUCGAUGUUGGGGGAUGAGCUGGGGGAUAAUGGGAAUACGACGUCUUCGCUGGAGACUAUGUCGUCGCCGACGGCGGCGGCGGCGGCGAGGACGGUGUCGAGAGCGAUUUCGAUGGUCAGUAUGGGGUAUGAUAUUGAAGGACAUGUUACGUCGGAUGCUCCAAGCCCGCCGCAGAGUGAGAACGGAGGUGAGGAGGGACUUAGUCGCCAGGGCACGCCGAGGAUAUUUGAGCCGGAGUCAUCGCAGGGGACUAAGGGGGAUUCGUCGGAUGAGCGGUCUACGAUACGACAUCAGGCGUCGAAUCAGAGUCUUAAUGCUGCGGAUGCUGGGAGUACACCUGGUGCGGCGCUGGUUAAUAGGCGCAGGUCGGGUAGACGGCCGAAGUUUUUAAGGAGUCGGAAUGCGAGCCAGAGAUCGUCUAUAUCGUCGUCUGUUGCGAAUACGGAUGCAGAGGAGAGUAGUGAUAUGACCUAUGGGACAGACUACGCUAUGUUAUCGGGCGGUGCUGUGCCAGCGUAUGGCGCGUCUCGACACAGCAGCUACAUGCUAUCAAGGAGUAUCAGCCUAGGCAGCAUGGCAUCUGGCAUUGACGAUUCCGCCGAGUUGAAGCCCGUUCUCGGGACGUUGGAGGAAGAGGAGAGAAACCGGUCGCGGGUAGAUAGUAGUCAAACCGCUGACGACUACGACAAUGCCCCAGCAACACCGCGCGCGACGAGCCACUCCCUAGCUGCUCCUACAGACACGGUCAUCGCGAGACAUGUUCGUAACGUGCAUGUUCCGGAAUCCGUCGCCAAAGAAUAUAGGAAUAAAUCGGGUGUCUCACCUGGCAGGCUUCCAGGGCCUAGCACGGAACGCCAUGGAAAGAAUAUGACGCUCAAGGAGCAGAGUAGCACUAUUGAGCGGCUGUCGAAGGAGAAUUUUGAUUUGAAGCUCAAGGUCAUGUUCCUCAGUGAUAGGCUGGACAAGUUAUCUGAAGAGGGCGUUAAGGAGAUGAUCUCCGAGAAUGUGGAGAUGAAAACGGUCCUCGCGAAUAUGCAGAGAGAUAACAAGGCACUCCGGCGCAAAGUCAAAGAGCUCGAGAAGAGUAAAGACGGCUCCCCCCGACCAGGAACCGCUCGCUCCGGCGCCUCAUCCGAAGGCCAACCGCAAUGGUUCGACCAAGAAGGCGCACAAGAGCGCGAAGAGGAGCUCAUCUACCUCCGCGAACGCAUGGAGGAAUACGAAGUCGAAAUCGAGAAGAUGCGCACCGAGAGCCUCUCCCGCGAAUCCGAGAAGCGCAAGCUCGCUGAGACCGUGCGGUCCAUGGGCGAGAAGCGAGGCGAGGACAUGGAUGCGAGGGAGGAGAUGGAUGUGUGGAAAGAUCUUCUUGAGCAGGAGACUGCAAGGCGCGAGGAGGCUGAUGAGGAUAACCGGAAGCUUCGUGAUGAGAUUUUUAGACUUAGGAGUGAGAGUGUGGUUUCUGGUGGGGGUGCGGGGUUGAAUCAUACUACUAAUAUCUAUCAUAUCACCAAGAAGCGACAGGGGUCGCCGACGCGACCAAGAUCCGGGAUGUCGGAGCGUGUUGAUGACCGCGGUGGCGCGUUCAGUGCUGCUAGUACCCUCGUCGAUGAUCUCCGUCGCGAGAGCGACCUCCUGCGUCAUGAAAACGCCGAGUUGCGCAGGGAAGUUGGCGCGCAGACCUCGAUGCUGACGUCGCGCAAUCGCGAGAAGGAGCGUCUAUACCAGGAGAUCGAGGACCUAAAACUCGGUCACCGCAGAGGCGGCUCGAUCGCCGGCGACAGCAUCCUCGACCGCUCCGCAUCGCGCACCCGCGAGAGACCACAAUCUAGGGGUAGCGAGCUGACGCGCGUCACUGCCAUCAUGCCAGAUGCGGAGCGCGAGGACCUGGAGAACAAGAAUGCCGAGCUGCGUGAUAAGCUGAACGGUCUGCAACUCGACAACCAGGAGGUGAACAAGGAGCUAGAGAGCUGCAUGGAGGAUUUUGAGACGGCGAUUGAAUCGAAGCGCGAGGCUGAGGCGCUGGCGACUGAGCUUCAGCACGAGUUGCAAGUCGCCGAGGCCGAUCUGCAGACUAUGCAGGCGGAUCGCGAUGAGGCGCUCAAGGGGCAGGAGGAGGUGGAGAUUGAGUUUGAGAAUCUGCGCAAGGAAGCGCAGGAGGAGAUCGAUGCGCUUGAAGCCGACGCGGAGGAGCGGGCUGUAGAGAUGGAGGGGUUGCAGGUGGAGCUUGCGAACCAGGCCGAGAACUUCAAUGCGCUGCAGGCGGAGAUGCGGGGGAUGAGCGAGGCGCUUGUGCGGCUGGAGGAUGAUCACGAUCUCAAGACCCGGCGGAUCCAGGAGCUGGAGCGGGAGCUGGAGGAUGCGAAUCGCGAGCUGAAUGGGAUGGAGAAGGCGAUCAACGAGGCGAAUAACAAGAUUAAUCGCCUAACCGUGCAGCAGGAGUCUAGCCAGGGCGAAAUCGCGUUCCUGCGCGAGGAGCAGGACGGUGAUAAGAUCAAGAUUGGGGAUCUGGAGUCUGCGCUGAAGAAUGCGGAGGGCGCGGCGAGGGAUGAGAGGGAGAGGGUUAGGGAGCUUGAGCAGCGGCUGGCGAGCGAGAGGCAUCAGAGGGAGGUGGUGGCGGGGAAGGAGAAGCAGGAGGUGCAGAAGUAUAUUAAUGAGCUUAAUCGCGAGGCGUCGAAUGCGAAGGACGACGCGAGACGGCUGCGGAAGAAUCUGUCGAGUCGAGAGGUCGAGGCGACGGAGUGGAAGGAGAGGUUGUUGGAGCUGGAGAAUAACCUCCGCGAGACGCUGGGUGAUCUCAACGGCACGCGCUCUACUUUCCUCAAGGGCAUCGGCGACCUGCAGAAACAGCUUGACAACACCACCCGCGAGCUCGACACGACCAAAACCUCCAUCCUAGAGAAAGACCGCAUAAUCCGCGAGCGCGACACCCUCCUCGAGUCGCACAGCCACGAAUACGGGAUCCUAGCCGAGAUGCUGGAUAAAGAGCGACAAUCGCACCGCAACUCCAAGCACCAGCACGAGACCUUCCUCAAGACGCACAACCACACCACGCGCACGGUGGGUCAGCAGGAGACGCGCGUGGCGCAGCUGGAAGCGGCGUUGCAGGCGGAUAGGAAGAAGUUGAGUCAGUUGGAGAAUUCGUUCAAGGAUCAGCUUAAUGAGAGGAAUAAUCUGCUGUUGACGAUGUGGAAUCGGUUGUCGCUGAUUUGUGGGUCGGAUUGGGCACAUGGGAAUAGUUUGAUUAACGGCCGCGCCUUGCCCUCUUUGGAGGCUGUAUCGACCAUGCUUCCUGGCUUUGCUAAAAAUCUCCUUGCGUCAACCAAGAAGAUUGAGGCGCUGAUCGCGGGAUUCAAAACCCGCGUCCGAACCAUCGAGCGCGAUCUAGCCCGCGACUUCUCCUCCCUAGAAAACACCCUCGAAGCACGAACCAAGAAACUCGAUCGCCUAGAGGGCCUCGUCAGAUCUGCUAGCAUGAAUUCCUCUACCGACCAACGAGCUGAGAUCGUGAGGUUGCAGGAUAUGAAUCGCUUGCUGAGAGUGGAUAUUCAGGCGCUGAGAGCGUCGACGCCGAGGAAGGGGGUGUAUGAGGUUAUUGAGCCGGGCAGUCCUGCGCCUAUCAUCCCCACCGGUCCACGCACGAAGGCGUUAACGCGCCACCAAGCUACCGCUGCUGCUAAUUCUGCGAACUCGGCGGCAGCAACAGCUGAUGUCCCCGAGCGCGCGGGUAGUUCGGCUGGCUCGACCAGGGGAGUCUCUAGCUCUAGAGCGGGCGGAGCAGCAGGAGGGGGGGAGGACUCGGAGUGGUGGGUCUUUAGACUCAAGGAGUUGGAGAGACGACUUAAGGCGGAGAGGGAGGCGAGGUUACUAGAUCGCAGUGGGGCGAGGAAGAGGUUGGAGGAGGGGGAGAGGAGGAAUGAGGAGUUGAGGGCUGAGGUUGAGAGGGGGAGGGUUAGGAUGCUUGCUGAGGCUGGGGCUGGGGCUGGGGCGGGGGGUGGGGGGGAGGUGGUGUAG